AAAUCCCAAAUAAAUACAACCUUAAACCGUUCUAGACAUACACCCUACAGAUUCGAGUUUUCGUAUUUUCUUGAAAAUGAGUUGCUAUGAUUAUGAUACGAGAGGUGAUAAUGGCGGGUAUCAAGAGCCUGCAUCGGAAUGUAACGUUGGACUAGGUUUAAACAUGCAAUACCUCAAUAAGAAGACCAGUUUCAACCAUCCUCAGUAUCGAUCUUCUGCAGAAAUUGACGGUGGUAAUGGUGGCAGCAGCAGCAGCAGCAGCGGCCGCCGGCUGUUGGACAACCGAACGGAUAGUUGCAAUCAAAUUGCAUCUGGGACUUGUUUCAAUUUCAUUACAGGUGGAGAAAUGGGGAAAAUGCUUUUCACAGCUUCUCAGUGGAAAGAAUUUGAGAGCCAAACGAUGAUCUACAAAUACAUGAUAGCUUCCAUUCCUGUUCCACCUCAGCUACUCUUACCUUUAUCCGUUCAAUCCAACAGGUCGGGUACUGACUUGAGGUUCUCAAAUGGGUCGGAUCCUGAGCCAUGGAGGUGUAGGAGAACCGAUGGGAAGAAAUGGAGAUGUUCAAAGGAUGCAAUGCCUGACCAAAGGUACUGCGACCGCCAUGCCCAUAAGAACAGACCUCGUUCAAGAAAGCAUGUGGAAACUCAAUCCCACAAUACCAAAUUACCAUCCAAUCCCCUUAGAAACAACCAUAAUUACCAUCCUAUCCUUCCUCCUGCUCCCAGUAUGCCGCCUACUACUUCAUGUCAACAAUCCAGGUUCAUGAAGAGUGACGCUAUCCCUUUGUCUUCAUUAAACCAAAAGAUUCAGAAACCAAUGGUUUCACCAAGUGUAGGAUCAAAAAGGGACCACUUUUGUCAUCAAGAUCUUGAGGGAAAUCAUCAAGAUGAUUGCUCUCUUGCUUUAUCAAUGCAAUCUGGUGGAAAUGAUGUAUCUGAGGAUCAAGAUUUCUUUCAAAUGGGUAUUGGAAUGUUGAAUGCAGAUGGUUCGAACCCACCUAACCAGUGGGUGAACCAGGGUUCUUGGUUGGGAGGCCCCUUAGGUGAGGCUUUGUGCUUGGGAAUUGCAAGUACACAAAAACAACCUCCAAAUGUUUCAUCUCUUAAUGGCCAUAGCAAUCAAGAAUGAGAUCAUGGAGCAAAAAUGUUUAACUGUUGCCUUAUUUCUGAAUUUAGUUGGUUUGACCAUAAUGUUUUAGAUGCACAUAUACAAAUCUUUAUAUAUAUAUAUAUAUA